AUGGCGAACGAGGGCGAACGGUCAACCGCCGCCGACAAGGGCAAGGGCAAGGUUGAGGAUGUCAGCGAGCUGAAUGGCAAGAAGCCUCAAAAUGAUGAGAAGGCAGCGCCAGAUGGAAAGAAGAAGGAUGAUGAACCUCAGGAAGACCGUGCGGUCUCCGGGUCAUCCCCCCAACAUUUGGGAGCCAAGGCUGACAAUCUUGAAGAUGAACUCAGUGAGGAGGACCAACAAUUGAAGGAUGAGCUGGAAAUGCUCGUUGAGCGGUUAAAGGAAUCGGACACCUCCCUCUACGGACCUGCCGUGGAAGCUAUCAAGAACUUCAUCAAGACCUCUACGUCCUCAAUGACAGCAGUGCCGAAGCCUCUGAAAUUCCUUCGACCGCAUUACGACGAAUUGACAGAGAUCUACGAGAAAUGGGAUGCAGGUGCUGUGAAGGAUUCCCUGGCUGAUACACUUUCGGUACUCGGCAUGACCUACGGAGACGAGGAGAAGCUGGAGACGCUGAAAUACCGUCUGUUGGCCAAGUCGGAGGAUCUUGGGUCUUGGGGCCACGAAUAUAUCAGACACCUGGCGCUGGAGAUUGGACAGGAAUACCAGAACCGGUUGAAUGCAGAGAAGGAGACGCAAGAUUUGGUGGAUCUCGCUCUGUCGCUGGUUCCCUACUUUCUAAGCCACAACGCCGAGGCCGAUGCAGUCGAUCUUCUGAGUGAGAUGGAAAUCAUCGGGGAAAUCCCCCGGUUUGUUGACGAGAACACAUAUGCUCGUGUCUGCCUAUACAUGGUCAGCAUGGUCAACCUGCUCACUUACCCCGAAGAUCAGGAAUUCCUCCGCACUGCACACGAGAUUUAUGUUCGCUACAACAAGCUUUCCCAAGCGAUCGUUCUCGCCAUCCGACUUAACGACAUCGAUCUCAUCAAAAGCGACAUCAAUGCCACAUCCGACAAGGCUCUCAAGAAGCAAAUGGCAUUCCUGGUCGCCCGUCAACAGAUCUGGCUUGACCUGCCCGGAGAGGACGAGGAGGAUGAGGCUCUUGCCGAGUGCCUGAACAACACAUCUAUCCCAAAGCACUUUAAGUCGCUUGGAAAGGAGCUCAACAUUUUGGACCCCAAGAUGCCUGAGGAUAUCUACAAGACACACCUGGAGAGCAGCCGUGGAGCAGGUCUUACCAACCUUGAUUCGGCACGACACAACUUGGCGAGUUCCUUCGUCAACUCCUUUGCCAACGCCGGCUUCGGAAACGAUAAGAUGAUGCUCGUCGAGGGAGAAAAGGGUCCAUGGGUCUGGAAGACUAAAGACGACGGUAUGCUUUCAACCACAGCUUCGUUGGGUAUGCUUCUGCACCGUGAUGUCGAGGAUGGAUUGGACAAGAUCGACAAAUUCACCUAUGCGAACGAGGAUCAGGUUAAGGCUGGUGCUUUGCUCGCAAUUGGUAUCUUGAACUCCGGCGUUCGUCUCGAUUCCGACCCCGCACUUGCCCUCUUGAGUGAUUCCGAUAACCUUGAGGCUAAGAAUAUACCAAUGAGAGUGGCAUCUAUCAUGGGUUUGGGUCUGGCCUACGCCGGCUCCAACAAGGAGGAACUCCUUGAGGUCCUCUUGCCAAUCGUGGAAGAUGCUUCCCUUGAUAUGCAGCUUUCUGCUAUGGCAGCAGUUUCGCUGGGUUUGAUCUUUGUUGGAUCUUCGAACCACCAGGUCAGCGAGGCCAUUGCCACUACGCUCAUGGAUGAGGAGCGCCAGAAGCAACUGAAGGACAAGUGGACACGUUUCAUGGCCCUUGGUCUGGCCCUCCUUUACUUCGGCCGCCAAGAGGAGGUUGAUGUUAUUCUUGACAUUCUCAAGGCUGUUGAUCACCCGAUGGCCAAGCCAACAUCAGUCCUUGCCUCGGUCUGUGCCUGGGCUGGUACUGGUACCGUGCUCAAGCUCCAAGAGCUCCUUCACAUCUGUAAUGAUAUUAUCGAGGAAAAGGAGGAGAACAAGGGCGAUGAGCUGGUUCAGUCUUACGCCGUGCUGGGUCUCUCACUUAUUUCCAUGGGCGAGGAUGUUGGUCAAGACAUGAUCCUCCGCCAGUUUGGUCACCUUAUGCACUACGGCUCUAGCAACAUCCGACGAGCUGUUCCCCUGGCAAUGGGCCUCAUCAGCCCUAGCAACCCCCAGAUGAAGGUCUACGACACCCUAUCAAGAUACAGUCACGACAAUGACAAUGACGUGGCUAUCAACGCGAUCUUCGCUAUGGGUCUCUGCGGUGCGGGUACUAACAAUGCCCGCCUGGCGCAGCUUUUGCGACAACUCGCCAGUUAUUACCACCGUGAUCAGAACUCUUUGUUCAUGGUCCGCAUUGCUCAGGGUCUCCUGCACAUGGGUAAGGGUACCAUGACCUUGAACCCCUUCCACACCGACCGACAGGUUCUUUCCCGUGUGUCGGCUGCUGGUCUGCUCACCGUCCUCAUUUCCUUGAUUGACGCCAAGCAAUUUAUUUUGGCCGAGCACCACUACCUGCUCUACUUCCUUAUCACAGCGAUGUUCCCUCGCUUCCUCAUUACCCUCGACGAGGACCUGCAACCCCUCAGCGUCAACGUUCGUGUUGGUCAAGCUGUGGAUGUUGUUGGCCAAGCGGGUCGUCCAAAGACUAUCACCGGAUGGCAGACACAAAGCACCCCUGUGCUUCUGUCCCAUGGUGAGCGGGCUGAGCUGGAAGAUGAGCAGUACAUUCCUCUCAGCAACAUCCUGGAGGGCCUGGUCAUUCUGCGCAAGAACCCUGACUGGCAAAGUCCCGAAUAA